AUGGAAAUUAUAGAACCCAAAUUCGUGUUAAAGAAUUCUAAUAAUUCGAAACUUUCAUCAAAAAAUGUUUUCUAUAAUAAUUUUGACGGAAGUUCUGAUGAUUUAUCGGAGGUGUCAAAUAUUACAUCAUUCAAUCAAAAUCAUAUCAACUUGACAAAUAGAUUCAUUGAUGAAGUUAAACAUCUGGCUCGUUCAGAUUCUGAAGGAACGCUUGUGAACCCUGAAUUCGAUUUUUGCGACACAGACCUUGACGAAAGUGACGAGAAUUAUUCAACUUGCAGUGUACUUGACACAAGAGAAAGUAAAUUGCGCAAAUCUUUUUGUAAGUCACGUAUUUGUAACGAGGAACACAUGGACGAAAAUCUGGAACCGAAAGAGGAGCAACUUGACGAUGGCACAUCCUAUGGUCCUCAACUUAUCAAUAAUGAAUCGAUCAUGUUAAUUUGCAUAAUAUCAAUUGGUUCAUACAUAAUUGGAUACUUUGGGUUUACUUUCAUAUGGAUCAUCCUUAUGUUAUACCAAUCUGUAGUCUGGUAUAUGAAUAUGACCCAAGAUCUCACUGAAAGGGUUCGUUGGGAGAUUAAAAGAGAGAUGGCUUCGAAUCAGCGUGCGACUUAUAUUGAAUCGUUCGAGAUUGGUCAGAUAGCCCCAAGAAUAGAAAACAUAAAGAUUUUACCAAGACGUGAAAAUGAUGACGACGAAGAUAUGGUGAUCGGUGAGGCAACAAUCUCUUUUCGAGCUAGAUCUUCGGGAAAGCCUCAGGACGCACCACCACACAUUCUUGCGUGGAUAAAAACCGGAAUAUCGGCGAUCGUUCCAUUGAAAGUGGAGUUGAUUGGAUUUGUGGCCUCGAUUCAUUUUGAAAUAAAGAUCACCGGAUCGUCACCAUUCGUUUCUACCGGAAAGUUUAGCUUCCUAAAUUUCCCUACUUACGAGACGAGUAUAAUGCCGCUGAUUCCGAUGAAUGUGGCCCAGUUUCCUCUCAUGAAACAAUUCAUCCGUAAUGCCGUGCAGAUGGUGCUGGAAGGUUUCACGUAUCCGAAGUUCGUAGCCAUGGACUUGGCAGAACUACUGACUGGUGAUGGUUUGGUGCAUGACACUCAGGCCAUUGGAAUAAUGAGAGUUGAUGUCAUUCAAGCCAGGGACUUGGCCAAAAUGGAUGUUUCAGAACUCGACAUUGUCGAUGAACACAUCAAAUUCAAGUUAAACGUGAUGGACUGGGAUCGAUUCACUCCUGAUGAUCCCAUAGGAGCUGUCUGGAUUGAUAUCAAGGAUGCCAUUGGAAACGGGGAGCAUGAGGUGAAAAUUUUCGAUAGCUGGUCAGAUCUUCACAUGAAGCCUAAUGAUCGCGAAACGCGUGGAAAGCUGCGGUUUCGACUUAAGUAUUACCCCAAAUUGCCUAAUGGCGUUGAGCCCUCCCCUGAUCAAACCUCUGGAAUCCUUGGACUCAAGAUUCAUCAAGCCAUGAGUUUACAAGUUACGGCUGCUCCGUAUAACAAAAAGUCCGAAGUAGUAAUGCCGGCAACCCAACUUUUGUGGGAAAUUCCAUCUCGAUAA